GUUUCCAUAAGUUGCUUGUAAGAUGCCAGCUGAAACUAGUUGCAGAUAUGAUUGCCUUCUGAACCAGACUUGAGAAUUGUAGCCCUCUUGAGUGAUCUGGGGCUUGAAUUUUCCUAGCUCUCAUGAAAGUAUGAACAAUUCUCCAGGUUGACAUGACUGUUAGGUUAAAGAAGGCAGCUGCCAUAGGAGGCACUUGGAAAAGUUGUGAACCAGUGAUGUAUUUCAAAAAAUUUUACUACUGGUUCUGUGGGUAUGGCUUGGUGGGUGUGACUUGGUGAGUGUGGCAGGGGAAGGAUAAUAUAAAAUCUCCAUUCCCUCCCCAAUCCAGGGGAAGGUUACUGCAAAGUCCCCAUUCCCUCCCGAUCAGCUGGGACUUGGGAUGCAGAGGAGAGAUGGGGGCGGGGCCAGUCAGAAUUUUUACUACCGGUUCUCCGAACUACUCAGAAUUUCCACUACCAGUUCUCCAGAACUGGUCAGAACCUGCUGAAACCCACCUCUGUUGUGAACCCUAACACUUCUGAGCCCCUAAAGCUGGGCUCCUGCCUUUUGGCUUCAUGGAAGAUUUGUGGAAGGGAAAGACAUGCUGUUUGUAUCUCAGAUAGCAAAAUGGUUGACCAUGAACGAAUCCAGGCUGUUGGUCCAGAUAGAGCGGCUUCAGAGUGGCUCCUGCGGUGUGGUGCGUCGGUGCGCUACCAUGGCUAUGACAAAUGGCAACAAGAUUACAAUGCAAUCCCUAUGGGGCCGCUGGAGAAAUAUAAGAUCCAAGCAAUCAAUGCCACAGAAUCUUGCAUCAUGAACAAGGGAUUUGAUUAUUUUGAUGGUCUAAAGCAUCUUGAAGAAAUAAAGUUUUGCAAGUGCAUGUACAUUGAGGAUGCAUGCUUACAACGGAUUAGUGAGACUCCAAGCCUGCAGAAGAGCUUGCUGCGUUUAUUUCUCAUUUCUUGUGGGAAUGUUACAGACAAAGGCAUCAUUGCAUUGCAUAAGCUCAGCAACCUGGAAUAUUUGUUCCUGAGUGAUCUGCCAGGGAUACGAGAUAAGGAAAGAACUGUUCAGUCCCUUAAGAAAUCAAUGCCGGCACUUGAGCUGGAAUUAGACUUGGAAUAAAAUCCUUGCCAUUC